AUGUCUCUGGUGAAUGCAGCCAUUCGCCAUAGAGCCUGCCUACCUGCAGAAGUAGGGGCGUCCUACUUCCACACCACGUCGGUACCUCUUCUGGAAAAGGGACGGGCACCCCGCUCGAGACCAGUGAAAUAUAACACCCCGCCGAAGACCUCACCAUCGCGCACGCGCCUCGUCAAGGAUCUCACCCCGCGCACGAAUAAGAAUGAAAAGGGGAAGGGGAAGGCCGGGAAGCUCGAGGUUGCGCCGCGCGCUGCGUUCGUCCGCGACCCCGCGCCGCAUCCAGAUGCGCGGGAUAUGAGGGAGGAGAGGGAGCGCCAGCGCGAGCUCACCAGGCGGUUCGGGCAACGCAGGCUACGCCGGGCGUCACAGGAGAAGCCGCGCCGCUCUUCGUCGUGGGACAGGGACAGGGACAGGGACAGGGACACCGCGCAGUCCGCGCGCUGGCAGGAGAAGAAGACGCAUCCGCUCGCCACGCGUGGGCUCCCGGACUUCGAUAAGCCGUGGCGGACGUCGCGGGGCGUCACGCCGCCCGCAGCGGCGCGGGGGGCGGAGGAUGGUUACGCGCCCGCGCAGCGGAAGACGCCAGUGUACAACCCGCUGAGCGACGAGUUUGACGUCGCGUCCAAGUCUGUGUCGACGCGAGAGCUUCCGGGCGAGUUCGCCUCGCCACCGCUCAUGGAGGGUCUCCUUACGUCCGUCGUGGACGUCCUCGGCCCGCACGCGAAGCCUACCCCAAUUCAGGCUCUCGCUCUCAAGCACCUCUUCACGCCACUGAAGGGGGAGCCGGGCGGCAAGCGCCGCUGGCACCAGUGCCUGCUCGCGUCCGAGACGGGCUCGGGCAAGUCCAUCGCGUACAUGCUCCCGAUGCUGCAGGGUCUGAAGCAGUCAGAAGUGAACGCGGGCACAUCGACUGCAGCGGCGCCGGACGCGCCUGCCCCGAGCACGCCGCUGAACCCGCGCGCACUCGUGCUCGCGCCGACGCACGAGCUCGCGCGGCAGCUGUCCGCGUUCGCGAAGGCGCUGCUGCACGGAAUCAAGCUGCGCGUGCUGUGCGCGUCGCAGGCGAACCUGCCGAGCACGCCGCGCCACCAGGUUAGCGCGGCGCAGAUGGCGCGUGACGCGGACGAGGGCGGCGAGUUUGGCGUGCACAGGGGGGCCGCGGGACACCCCGUGGAUGUCCUUGUAGGCACGCCCGCGCGCGUGCUUGAGAUGGCCAAGGGCCGCGGGUGGGAUUUUGAGCAGCCGAAGGCGGAGGACCACUGGGGUCUUGACGAGAAAGGGAGGGCUGCGCGCCGCCCCAAGGCAUGGACGGUGGGCAAGCCAGAGAUGGGACUGAGCAGGGUUGAGUGGGUCGUCGUGGACGAGGCAGAUGUCUUGUUCGACCCCGAUUUCCAAGAGUCGACAAGGCGGAUCCUUGCUGAGAUCAGUGUCGCACGCGGGCAUCCGGUACCAUUCGAAGAGGGCCUACCACAGGACGCGCCACAGAAACCACUUGACUAUCCAUUCAACCUCCUCCUCACGACCGCGACGAUCCCUUCUGCGCUCGCGUCGUACCUCGACACGCACCACCCCGGGCUGAUGCGGCUCGCUUCGCCGCAUCUGCAUCACCUCCCGCAGACGCUCAAGACGGAAUACGCCGCGUGGACGGGCGGGAAUCGCUAUGCGGAUAUCGAGCACCGUCUACGCCGCGUGUGGGCGGAGGACCUCAUGGCGGGCGGCGGGCGCCGCUCGAAAGUGCUCAUUUUCUGCAACAAGAGCACCAAGGUCCAGGAUCUCGGGCGGCACCUGAACGAGAAGGGCAUCCCGAACGUCGCGCUAACGAGCACGAGCGAUACAAGGAAGCAUGGGUCGAACCACCACCUGGAUGGGUUCCUUCGCGUGCGGGGCGAGGAGGGCAAGGAGACGGAGGGCGCGCGGGAGGUGGGCGAGGACGAGCCGCAUGUGAUGAUCACGACGUCGCUGCUGUCGCGCGGGCUUGAUUUCGCGCCCGACAUCCGGAACGUGUUCAUCGUGGACGAGCCGCGGAACAUGGUCGACUUCCUGCACCGUGCAGGGCGUGCGGGGCGCGCGGGAGCGCUGGGCAAGGUGGUGGUGUUCGGGAAGGCGAAGGGGCGGGGAGGGCGCGAAUCUGUUACAUUACAUCGCUUCUUGCUCUCGGAUAUGGGAGCUCACGACGUUGGUGCGAUCGGACGUACUCACACCCCAAACGCUGGCCCUUAG